AUGGGCGAUGCUGUGAAGCUCGACCCUGAGGCGUUCUCGCGCGAACAGAUCGAGCGUGUGAUUGACACGGCAACGCAUGAUGGGCGCUGGCGGCAGCGCGCAGAGACGGAUCCGCAGAGUGUCGUUUCCGUAUUGGGCGCUACAGAAUCAAGCUCAGAAGAAGGCGGUGACACACUCGCGGAUGUUGUAUCCGUCAUUGCUGUCGUCAGUAGCAUGGCCUUUUGUCCGCAAGUAGCGCCCGAGGUGCAGGCAUCAUCACGCAAAACUUGGGAGAGCCUCGUGGAGGCGGGCGUGGUGGAGGCGCUGUGUCGGAAUGUCAUUGACCCUGCAAUGCUGGCGAAUAAAGCCGGACCUGGCCAGGAUGAGGUCACACACUCGCCCUACUUUGCAUCGAUCGAUGCACUGUGCAGCGCAACACUCAGCUUCGGCGAGAAUAUGAACGAUACGGAUCGGCGUGUGGUUGAAACACUCCUCGGCAAGUGGACAGAGAUGAUGAAGCGCAUCUGGGAGGAACCGGCCAGCUCACUGAAACCCGAAGAGGCGUACUUCGGUGAACGAGCGGUCAUCCCUCAGGCUUUUAUUCGCUUGCUAGUGACUAGCCCGGCCACUACUCUCUCUACCGUGCUCGACCCAGACGACCAUACAUUCGCGCUACUGGCUCGCUACUGGCUUCACUCCACCGGUGAGGCCGACACGGAGCUUUGCACCGCCGCGCUUAACAUAUUGCUCGACCCUGUCAACCGCCCCGGCAUCGAUGUGAGCGACGAAGAGGGAGAGACUACCCUCCGUAACACAAUUGCGGCCAAGCUCAACGCUGGAUUCGAGGCAGCUUCAGGGUUGCACGGAAGCGAUCUUGCCAACAAGCGGCUGAUGGCUAUCGCCGGGCGCGCCGCCGUUCUUACGCCUCCUGUACUCUUCCAAGAGUUACAACUAUUGUCAGCAACGGUCGAGGACCCAGACGUACGGCUCGCGACGGCACACCACGCGGACUUCUGGCGCGCAAUAUUGCAAGUCUUACCCAUGGCCGCAAAGAGUAGCCAGGUUCUUGAUAAGGUUGCAGCUGGAAAGAUGCUACAUUUCUUGGGCGUCUCUAUACACAACGCACAAGCCGAAGGCAUGGACGAGCGAUUGCACCUUCUGCGGAUAUGGCUUGAUACAGGCCUCUUCGACGCACUGGAUAUCGUUGUCCCAGAGUGUAUUCCCGUACCUGGCGCUUCCCGAGGACUGGCGCUCAUCAUGAUUCAUAUACAAGACGUCCUGGACGACCAUGACCCCGAGUCAGAGUUGCGUCAUUUGCUCUAUAAACAACUUCCUCGCUCGCGCACCGUCGGCGCCAUGAUCAAUCACGAUGCGGUCCUACAAUCAUCAGGCCGGGAAGAUGUGCAGGAAGACGUGCGCUUCAGCUCGACCGGCUGGCUCAUUCUGUUAACGUUGGGCGACCAGGCCACGAGGAAUACUUGCACGCGGAGAGGGUGCGGCAACCCUGCUACGGCGAAGUGUGCCCGUUGUAAAGAUGCGGUGUACUGUUCGGCCUCGUGCCAAAAGAGCGACUGGAAGGAGCACAAGGCUGUCUGUCAUUGGGCGAACCAGACGAAGGAAGUCUUGCUGUCCCGUAAACUCAGCAAGCUGGGCGCAGAUUACAGCGAGUUGAAGGCCUUGCGCAGUAGCGUCAAGCCGUAA